AUGAAACCGAAACUAGCUCCGAUACAAAAAGAAAAAGAAAAAACUUUAAGAAAAGAUAAAAUAACAAAAAGUUUCAAUCAAAAACUUCGUGAUGAUUAUCUAACAAGAAAAGAGCAACAACAGGCUGAAAAACAAGCGAAUAUUGAACGUAAAAAAGAUAUUGAACAAUCUCUCAAACAAUAUAAGAAAACGAAACAAAAUAAAUAUAAAAAAAUAGCAAAACGUACCAAAUCUGGUCAACCAUUAAUGAAAGGACAAAUGGAAUUAUUAUUAGAAAAAAUACAAAAAUCGAAAGAAUGA